CCUGUGCUGUGCCUGGGCCAGGGAGCGCGGCGAGUGUCAGCCCGACACAGCCCGUUUAUUAGGCGUGCCUAGGUGGGCCGUGUCGUUUAGGUCAGGUCAGGCCGUGCCGGGUCAUCUGGCCAGGUUUGGAUGCAACACACAACAAAAUACGGCGUUCGCCUAGACCAAAGUGCCGCCAGCGUGGGUGCUUGCGGACCCAUGCUUUGGGAGGCUUGGGCGCUCGACCAUUCCAAGAUGACCGUUGAGUCGGACGCCAGCCUCCGGUGCCAACUCAACACCCAUCUCGUGCAAGUGGGGCUGUCAGAGUUUGAGUGUGCCCUCUUCCUCCAAGCCGCUGCGGAUAUGCGGUGCAAGGUGGUGGAGGAUGCGGCUGAGCGUAUGCACCGUCAAGCUCCUGAGGAUGUUGUCGCUGAAUACUACCAACAGCAAGUGGAAAUGCUGGAGGGUUUCAAUGAAAUGGAUGCGCUGACAGAUCGUGGUUUUCUUCCUGGAAUGUCCAAGGAAGAGCGUGAACAGGUUGCUAGGAGUGAAACAUUAGCCAUCCGGCUGUCAAACAUUGCAAACAUGGUUCUUUUUGCUGCAAAAGUGUAUGCUUCAGUACGUAGUGGCUCGCUUGCUAUUAUAGCUUCCACUUUGGAUUCUCUUCUUGACUUGUUAUCGGGGUUCAUCUUAUGGUUUACUGCAUUUUCUAUGCAAACACCAAAUCCCUACAGAUACCCAAUUGGUAAAAAGCGCAUGCAGCCGCUGGGAAUACUUGUCUUUGCCUCAGUCAUGGCAACGCUUGGCCUUCAGAUCAUCUUAGAAUCAACUCGAUCACUGUUGUCUGAUGGUGGUGAAUUCAGCUUGACGAAGGAGCAGGAAAAGUGGGUUGUGGACAUCAUGCUCUCAGUGACGCUGGUGAAACUUGCCCUGGCUUUAUAUUGCCGCACGUUCACCAACGAAAUCGUCAAGGCUUAUGCGCAGGAUCACAUUUUCGAUGUUAUCACUAAUAUAAUUGGCCUUGUGGCUGCACUGCUCGCAAAUUAUUUUGAAGGAUGGAUCGACCCAGUUGGUGCAAUUAUUCUAGCAAUCUACACCAUCAGGACAUGGUCCAUGACGGUGCUGGAAAACGUACACUCGCUCGUCGGGCAGUCGGCUUCGCCAGAGUACCUUCAGAAGCUGACCUACCUUUGCUGGAACCACCACAAGGCCGUGAGGCACAUCGACACGGUGCGUGCCUACACGUUCGGCUCGCACUACUUCGUGGAGGUGGACAUCGUGCUGCCGGCCGGUAUGCCGCUGCAGGAGGCGCACGACAUCGGCGAGGCCCUGCAGGAGAAGCUGGAGCGCCUGCCUGAGAUCGAGCGCGCCUUCGUGCACCUUGAUUACGAGUUCACCCAUCGGCCUGAGCACGCUCUGUCCCACGACAAGUAGCUUCAGGUUCAGCCGGUGGAUGCAGCUCUGUACAGAUUAAUGGCAAUAGUUUCAGAAAUCCGGGUGUUCGUCAAGGCGUCGCAGAAAAACCUGCGGGUGCAGCACGGAACUGAAAUGUGCAUACUGGAGUGCCGGAUCUGGCGAUGUCGACGUAGAUUGUGUCUUUUGUAAGUUGCUGUACUACGUACGUAGUGUUGAGAACCAAAACAAAAUGAAUGGAACUCUCCUCUCUUUCA